AAAGCCCCAAAGCUGUCCCGCACCAUGUCGCAAAAAAUCAUCACUGGACCUCGACAAUUAUUCAAUGAUUUGCCUGACGCCACUGAUGAAGCCACUUCAACCUUUGAUGUUCUGCUCGAUUGCACGUACGGCGCAAGGCAUCUUGGCACUACUGAACAGGCGCUUGAAUGCGACUGUGUCGAAGAAUGGGAUGCGCGAACACAAUCCAACAAUGCCUGCGGCGAAGACUCGGACUGCAUUAACCGGGCCACCAAGAUGGAGUGCCCCGGGGAUUGCGGCUGCGGAGAUGGCUGCCAGAACCAGCGCUUUCAGCGCAAGGUGUACGCCGAUGUUUCGGUCAUAAAGACAGAAAAGAAAGGCUUCGGUCUACGUACCAACAAAGACCUCAAGCCAAAUGACUUUAUCUUCGAAUAUAUUGGCGAGGUCAUCUCGGAGCCUGCUUUCAGGCGCCGCAUGCACCAAUACGACCAGGAAGGCAUCAAGCACUUUUACUUCAUGUCGCUGGCCAAGAGCGAGUUUGUCGAUGCGACCAAAAAGGGAAACCUCGGCCGAUUCUGCAAUCAUUCGUGCAAUCCGAACUGUUAUGUCGACAAAUGGGUUGUAGGGGACCGACUCCGCAUGGGGAUUUUCGCCGAGCGUCAAAUCGAAGCUGGAGAAGAACUUACCUUCAACUACAACGUCGACCGCUACGGAGCCGACCCUCAACCCUGUUAUUGCGGAGAGCCAAAUUGUUCCGGAUUCAUUGGUGGCAAGACGCAGACCGACGAUCGUGGAAUUCAGCUUUCAUCAACCAUCCAAAAGGCACUUGGUAUUUUCGGAAACGAAGACUGGGAGAAUGCCGCUCACACCAAGAAGCCGCGCAAGAAGAAGGCUUCUGAGGACGAUGAAGAGUACAUUGACAGCAUCGAACUCAAGCAGCUUGGUCCAGCAGAUGUCAAGGUCGUCAUGGGAGAAAUAUACAAGACUCAGGAAAAAUGGAUCAUCGUCAAACUUCUCAACCGUAUACAAAACUGCGAGAACGAGAACGUGCAGUUCAAAGUGGCCAAGAUGCAUGGCUAUGUCAUCCUCAACAAACUUCUCAAGACCUACGCCGACGACACAAACAUCCUGUUGCAGAUUCUGGACAUUCUUAACAAGAUUCCUCGAUUAACUCGCAACAAGAUCGUUGACUCCAAGAUCGAUGUCACUGUCGAAGGUCUGCUCGAGCAUGAAGAUGAACGAGUCAAGUCGCAAGCGGCAAAAAUCUAUGAUGAGUGGAGCAAGCUGGUCAUCGCUUAUCGUAUUCCACGUGUGAAGAGGGGUCCCAACGCAGUGCAACAAGAAAAGAGAUUGGACCGCCCUGAUCGGAAGAACCGUGAGCGAAGUCGAUCUCGAUCACGUUCGAGGUCGGUCGAAGCACCAAAAGGGCCUAAAGGACCAUCUAGGGCAACUCCUUCGGGCCCGCGCGGAGGUGGGCAUAGAGGUGGUGGCUUCUUCCAUGGUGGUCCUCGGCCCCCUUUCAGGCCCCGAGCCCCGCCUCCUGUCGAACUGCCGCCCGGUUGGUAUGUCGCCUUUGACAAGAACGGCACACGUUACUACUACGAUGGUGAUGGCAAUGUUCAAUGGACACCGCCAAUGCAACCGGCAGUGAACGCACCUCCGCCGCCGCCACCUAGAGUCUUGACCGAAGCACAGAAGCUUGAAGAUCUGAUCCAAGGCAUUGUCAAUAAGAAGGAAACACCCAGUACUGACAAGCCUUCGGCUACUGCGACGCCGACCGAGACACCGACCAAGGUCAAAUCUGAUGAGAAAUGGCGUUCACUGCCUGAAGAGAAGCAGAAGAGGAUAUAUGAAAACACCCUCUUCCCAUCUGUCAUUCACGUCGCAAACAAGUACAAGGGCAAACUUGACAGAGAUGAUAUCAAGCGAUUUGCUAAAGAAUGCUCGAAGAAGCUUGUCAACUCGGACUUCAAGAACAACCGUGUCACUGAUCCAAACAAGAUCGACCCCAAACAAGAGAAGGCUGUCAAGAAAUUUGUAACAGAUUUCUUCGAGAGAGCUGUUGUCAAGAAGAAAGAGCAUGACCAACGCAAGGGACAAAGCUCGAAUCAACCAAGUACGGAUGCCAUGCAGGUCGACUCGCCCAAGGACGCGGUUGUUGAUGACGUUGCCGAUGUUGAUGCAUCACUGAGUUCGGCGAAUCUGAAGCGAGCACGAAAUGAGGAAAGCUCGAUGGAAGGAGCCGCACAUGAAGACGACCCACAAGGCAAGAAGGCCAGGGUAUCUGCGCCUGCGCCUCCGCCUCCUCCACCCCCGCCAGCUGGAGACAUGCACGAAGAAGAUAUGCAAGCA